AUGGCUGAAAGUAACUCAGAAAAAUAUUCACUUGGCUCACCUCUAGCACCCAUAGUAAUGUGUGAAACCCAUGAACUACCUAUUGAUAUGAUAUGUGAGGACUGUGAUGAAUUCAUUUGUGCUAAGUGUGCCAAAACAGAUCAUAGAGAACAUGAUUGGAACACUAUACACACGGCAGCCACCCAAAGAAGAAGAAGUCUACCUGUAUUUCUUAAAAAGAUCAAGGAAGAAGAUCUGCCCAGAAUUAAUGAGAAGCUAGAGAAGAAGAAAAAAGGAAUUGUUGACAUAGUGAAAUUCAUGGAGGAGAACAACAGCACCAUGUCAGAUUACAGCUUGAUUGACAACCACAGAGAACUGACAAAAAGGCUGUCUGAAUUGAAGGAUCAUACAACAAACUGUGAACAUUCAGUGAAGUUCAGAAGAGGUGAAAUCAAUGAUGACUUAGUCGAGUCUUUGGUUGGAAAAACUUUAAAUUUAGAUUAUAUUGCUGUGAUUCAGACAAAUUCAUUUGAAUAUGGGAAUGCAUCAAUUUCUCUUUUGGAGGCAUUUGACGCUGUCUCAACAGUUAUCAGUACAGAUCCACUGGCACCAAUAGGAAUCUGUCAGUCAGUGGAUGGUGGACUACUGGUCACCUUGAGAGACGAGGAAUCUGGUCCUUACAAAUUAGAGUCACACAGCAGACGUCUGGUGAGACACAUCACAGUGACAGGUGAUGUCAUCAAUGAGUAUGAGUUCCAGGAGGAUGGUAUUACCAGACUGUUUAAAUUACCAAUCGGUGUCACACAGCACAAUAACAGUGAUAUCUGUGUUGUGAAUGGUACAAGUAACACUACAGGUGAACUAGAGAUAAUGUCGCACUCUGGUCAGAUGAAGUGUGUUUAUCGUGGACAGAACCUGACAGAGAACUUUGAUCCAACUGAUGUAGUGUGUGAUUCCCUCUGUAACAUCCUUGUUACUGAUCUACGUAACAAACAGAUCCAUCUGCUGAGUCCUGACGGGGAGUUCCUGAAGUUCUUACUGACAGACGAGGAAGUGAACCAUCCAUAUUCACUGUCUCUAUAA